UUGUUACUGCCGAUGCUCGCACACUCUCUUGCCGCACGCGACGGCGGUGAAGCCCUUCUUCUGCGUCUGUUGGACGCCACCCCAUCAGCGCUCUGGGCAACCGACAGCGACGGAAACACCCUUCUCCACCACGCAUUCCGAUACGACCGGCGGGCCCUGGCCGCCGAACUGGUGAAGCGAGGGCUCGACCCGUGGAGCGCUAACAACGCGGGGCUGCGGCCGGUGGACUUUCCCCGCGCGCUCGAGGGCCUACCCGUCGGCCCGCUGGACGCGCCGAGCAGCGCAUCGCUGGACGCGCCGAGCGAACCGCGCACGGAGGCGGGAGGCGCGCGCCCCACCUACAGAGGGGCAGCUCCCGCCUCUCUGCCCGCGCGGGCGACGGAGGAGGAUGGCACGCAGGCCGAGGAGGUCCCGUGGUGCCUCCUGAACAGCCCCGACGACGUUGUGAUUGAGAUCAUGAAGCACUUGCCGCUUCGCUCUGUGUUGUCGCUGUUCGAGGCUUCACAUCGCUUCCGCCGGCUGAGCGGCUCCGCCCUGCUGUGGGAGCAUCUUUGCUGGGCGCACCUCAAGCUGACGCAGGGGCGGCGGAGCUGCCUCGCUUCGUGGCGCGAGGCGUACGUCGAGCACGUCAUCAUGCAGAGCGGCGUCAAGCUGCUGCGCGACCAGCGCGAGGAGGCAAAGGGGCGCGGCGAGCACGUGCGCCGGCACAUGAGCUCCUCCAUCGCCGAGCUGCUCACGUGAAGCCGCCGCUGUCGCGCCCGCCCACCCCGCGUGCGAUACACACGCGGGCCACCUGUACACCUGCACACUUCUGUCCAUGUCUGUCAUCUUCCCUCUCCAUGUGUUACGUCGUUGGAGAUCCGUGUCCUCUUCCCUUGCGCUGACCGCGCGAGUGCUUUGGGGAUUUGUCAGUGGCGCACUGGUGCCGUGCCCAUCGUGAUUCUUCGCGUCAGUGUUGUGUGACUCGUGCACGCGACUCGCCUCUCGCGCGAGGCGCGUCUCCGUCUGCGGUGCGCGAUAGAGUACCCCACGCGUCGUCGUCGACACCAUGUGUCGGUAAAGAGUUAGGCGACUGAGUAAAUAUGCAUAUAGUACGGCUC